UAGAGUCUCGAAACUGAUGAUCCCUACUCCUUUUUACCCUCAACAUUACGGAUAUAACGAAGACAUAUAUGUGGCGGAAAGAAUUCGAAGGAAGAUGGCCAUUGCUGGUACUACGCUUUUCCUUGCUUUUGCGAUGCUCAACCUUUGUCUAGCCUUAGCAGCGCUGAAACGAGGCAACUAUUUACGACGCAAGCUGCGUACGUAUUUAGGCUCGUUCAGUGUGCCCCUGGGAAUUUUUUUUGUCGUCGCUAUGGACCUUAUAUUUUUUCAGCGAUUCAAUCUGGAUAAACUAGAUGUCCCGCCUUCAGAUCAGGUCAAUGUUAGCCUUUGGAUAAAUCCACCAAACUUCUCCAAGUUGACUGACUAUGGCAGUGGCUCGGCUGGGCUUGUGCACGGCCUAUCGUUCGCAAUCAGCAUUGCGUUAACGUUGAUAAUUUUCACGGAGGUUUCAUUAAACGGAAUUACCGCUCUUAAAAACAAGGCUUCUAAGCCUGGUAUUUUCAUGGCCGACUAUGCAAUCACAAUGAUCCUCUUUCCAAUUUUGAGCGGCUGUCUUGGAUGGCCCUUUAUGUCUGGAGCCACUGUUCGUACAAUGAGCCAUCUUAGCGGUCUGGUGGUGAUGGAUAGGAAACCACCUCCUGGCAUGCCACAAAGAAUAAUCGGUACAAUUGAACAACGUCUAAGUACCCUCAUUGUAGGAGUCCUCGUCGCACUCUCCGUCUUCAUUGGAUCUGCUCUCCGGUUUAUCCCGAUGGCAGCACUUUAUGGGAUGUUCCUCUACAUGGGUGUGAUGGGUCUGCGUGAUCUUACCUUUGUCAAGCGCUGCAUGAUCCUGAUGAAGCGGCGCAAACACUGGAAGGUUAGUAGCAUGUUGACGCACUUUAUAUCUCCUGAAAGAAUAUAUAUAUAG